AUAACCAGGCUCACCUGCUGCAGCAGAGCUUUGGGUCAGCGAGUGGGUGAGCGUCUCGGAGGUACCUGCGGAGGACCAGCGUGACCGAAGGGCUCGUCUCCUCUCAGUAUCACACACGUUUCCACGAUGAAUGGUCUGAGUGUCGCCACAGCGGUCCAACACUUCUGGAGGAGACGGUGUCUGGAAUCGUGCGCUGGCACGGCUUUUUAAAGCCUACCAGCCACCAUAUUUUCAGGGGCGACGGACCCCAUCAGGAAGCACCGACACUUCCAGCUCACCUUGCCCGGCGAUGGAGGUCCGCCGUUGGAGGCUUGGGAGCUAGGGGGGAGGGUAGAGGGGGAGGGGGAGGGGGGGUCGGCCGCAGUUUCGCCAAAAUUACGACGGGAAUCCGGUACAGCUCCCUGUCUCCCGGCAACGGGAGAGACCAGCGGCCGCUCGUGAUGUCUCGUGCCAAGGAGCGACUGAAAGGCGGGAAGGAGACCAAGGACAGCGUCACCCUGCUGCCCUGCUUCUAUUUCGUAGAGCUCCCUAUUCUGGCCUCCUCUAUUGUCAGUCUUUACUUCCUGGAGCUGACGGAUAUUUUCCAGCCGGUGCAUUCUGGGUACAGUUGUAAUGAUCGCAGUCUAUCUCUACCAUACAUCCUCCCAAGACAGGAAGUCUGUCCAUUGCCUUUGCUCUUCAGCCUGGCCUUCGCUGCACCUACUGUCACUAUUCUGAUAGGAGAGGCAAUCCUGUACUGCUAUCUGUCCAGGAAGUCAUCAGCCAGUCAGACUGAGGCCAACAUCAAUGCUGCAGGCUGCAAUUUCAACUCCUACAUUCGCAGGGCUGUACGCUUCAUAGGUGUCCAUAUCUUUGGCCUGUGUGUGACAGCACUGAUAACAGACAUUCUUCAGCUAUCCACUGGCCAGCAUACUCCCUAUUGGCUGGAUGUGUGCAAACCUAACCUGACUCACCUUAACAUGUCUACCUGUGAUGAAGCGUUUAUCCUAGAGGAUAUCUGCUCUGGACAGGACAUAGGGCUCAUCAAUGCUGGCAGGAAAUCUUUCCCCUCCCAGCAUGCUACUCUGGCUGCCUUUGCUGCUGUCUACAUCUCAAUGUACUUCAACACGGUGUUGACUGACUCAGCCAAGCUGCUGAAGCCUCUCCUGGUGUUCUCCUUCGUCAUGCUGGCCAUCCUGGCUGGGUUAACCAGGAUCAUCCAGUUUAGAAACCACCCCGUUGAUGUAUACUGUGGGUGGGUGCUGGGAGCUGCCAUUGCUGUUUACCUGGGUGUGUACGCCGUGGGGAAUUUCCAGCCUAGUGAAGAUUGCUCCAGGAGUAGACAACCUGCCCCCAUACUGAGAGAGCCACCCCUCUCCUCCUUGCCCAAUGUCAGCCAGUCAGCAAUUGGCAACAGCCAUCAAGGCCACCACACACUGGGUCCCAGCCAACCAGAACCUAUUAUUACAAGGACGUCUUCCCACCCCUUGGUCCCAGAGCAAACAGGACCCAUCCUAACGCGUAGCGCCUCUUGUCGAGAGCCGUCUAUGACCAAUUUGAAGAGAGCCAGUGCUGAAGUGGAGGUAAUAACUCCGUCCAGUCCAUUAGGCAACCGUGACAACAUGAUGACCUUCAGCAGCAGCACACUGCCAAGAUCCCACGGAGGUUCCUCGCUGGAGGAAGGUCGUAUUCCACGGCGUCACGCUUCCAUCCACGCCUCGAUGGACUCAACCCGGUCCAAACAGCUGCUCAGCCAAUGGAAGAACAAGAAUGACAACAGGAAGCUGUCUCUGCAGGUGAUGGACGGUAUAAGGCCAGCCUCCUCUUCGUCUCCUCAGAGGAACAUGGAGCUGCGCUGCUCCUCUGAACCGUCUGCCAUGGGUCUGGAGGUGGAGCUCCGCGGUGGAGCCCACCUGCCUAUAGCCACAGGCCAGGAAGCUGAGCUACGUGCUGGGGCGCACAUCCCACACUGCAGUGGCGGGCGGGCCAGAGUAUCUAUCCAGUCCCGACCUGGAUCCUCUCAGCUAGUUCAUAUCCCCGAAGAGGAAAAUCCCACCAGCAAGGAUCAGGAGAGUGAAUCCGAGGACAGCAUCAUGGACGGGGGUGGGUCAGUGAGAGAAAAGUGGCUGAGAGUGACGGAGAAGACCACCAUCCCUUGCAGGCCUCUCAGUGCUGGAGGACAGCCACGUCUCAUGCAGGUCAUAGCCUUAUCUAAACAACAGGGUCUGCUUCACUCUCCUCGGUCAGAGGACGGUGGCAGCACUGUCAGUUGCACCGGAUCCAUUCGGUACCGAGCCCUGACAGACCAGGAUCCAUCUCCACCCGCUUCCACCACUGGAGCCAUGGGAGGAGGAGGGGGAGGUUUGGAGAGAACUGGGAGUAUAGUGCGUGUUGAAGCCCACCCAGAGUCCAGAUCAAACAAACCAAUAGUGAAACCUCCGAGCACUGAUGGAAGUGGCUCCUGGCGAUGGAAACCACCAGAACAAAGAGCUUCCCUUCGGCAGUCGGCUUUCAACCUCAAUGACCUGAACAGACACACGGACAGCUGCGAUUCACUGAAGGACGGUGGAUCGGUGGAUGGGAGGAGAAGUGUCACGGGGACAGAAACAGAGAGCGAUGGGGGUGGGGACGCAGGGGGCAGUGGAAUGGGAGGAGGAGGAGGUGUCUACACCAGCCAUCCACAUGUUGUGCACCCGUUACAUCCCUUACAUCCAAAUAAUCCCAACAACUACCAGCACUCCAGUUUUAAUCCUAACAAUUCCAAUAAUCCCAGUUUUAACAACGCUCACCCUAACUUUAACCCUCCUUCUAACAACUCGAACAUGCCGUUCACACCCACUGCCACCUUUGCUCCUCCCUUCCACCCCCACCCUCAAGCAGUCACCACUAUCAGGGUUACACCAGUGGAGGCGACAGCUGCCAGCAGUGAUGGCGGCUCGGACUGCCAGUCGGUUGCCUCAUCCAGCCGUGAAUCCACCUUGAGAAGGAAGAGCAGCAGCAACGUGGUCCACGUCCAGGAUCGAGGGCCUACCCCUGAGUUCCACAACAACCACCGCCUUUGUGAUGACAGCAACCGCCUUGACAAUGAAAGCAGCAACCGCUUUCACGAAAACCUGCGAAGCUUUCAAGAAAACCCCAUUCACCCCAACCACCCCAACAGGCAGCUGCAGGGAGUGUUUGGGCGUCCAAGCCCCACCCCUCCCCCUACUUUACCCCGCCCGAUCCUGACUCACACUCCCCCGCCUACAUUUGGGCUGGCCUACAAAGAAUAACAAGUUCAGUGUGAGUUAUCCAUCUAUAACUACAAUUAUAAAAACAAGUAAACCAUUCUAGACCAACGGGAAAUUUCUGGAGAUGAUGUGAACAACUCCACAAUCUGCUUACCACCUGCAGCCAACAGGAGAUGGUAAAAAACAUUCACACGUUCUCAAAUGACCAGUCAGGCUACUAUAGAUGGCCACUUGUGUCCAGCUUAUUAAAUUCUGUUAGCAGUAGGUUAGAGAUCGACUUUGGUUCACAGGCCAUAGACGUCGAGUCAUGCCUGCUCCCAAUUUCCUCCUGGCCAACAUACAAGGAGUAGGUUGGACUGAGUUUGAGUCAACAUUUCUUCUAAUUUGAUUACAUAUUUACAUAUUUUUAUCAUGUAUCGCUGCACAAGCCAGAUAUUCCUUUUGUAAAUCUGAUAAAUUGAGUGCACUUGCUUCGUAGGCAGAAAGGGGCUUAAAUAAACUGCUGGCCCUUUGACGCUGGUCUACGCUGGUAUUAUUACCCUGCCAGUAAGGACAGAUUCACACUAAUGACUCACUUUUCUCUGGCUGCAAAGGUCAGCUAAAACUGGGGUGACAUUUCUACACAUCCACGUUUUUGUCACACACAGGUAACAUCGAACAUCGUAACCACAUGCCCUUAGAUGGAAUUUUGUAUUCAAAGCCUAUAACUGUGAUUGUGUUUGUACAUAAGAGUGUGGGCGGCCACGGGGGAAAUUAAAUCCAUGGUCUUAAUUAUGUCUGGACUACAAAGAGUCCCUUCUGGGUAAUAACAGUAUAUCUUAUUUGAUGGUGGUAUUGUGUUUGUGUUGAAUAAGAACAAUAUCAAGGGGCAUAUAUGGUGUUUAGAUAUACUAAAACAAGCACUUUUUUCAUGCUGUGUUUUAUUGGUGCGCAGUGUAUAAAUGAUUCUUACUGUGUGGUAGUUGUACUGACACAUGCAGCAUCGCCUGAACAAACCACACCACCAAGGAUGUUCAUUUCUUUCCUGUUCUUUAUUUUGAUUUCCCAGCUCAUCGUCUUUAUGACUCGGUAUUACAGCCACUCUAAGGAAGAAACAUGGAAUCAUUACAGAAUAAAGUUGUAACGAUUAUGAGAUAAAGUUUUAUAAGACAAUGUUUUAUGAUGAAAAAGAUAAUAAUUAUACACGCACGCUGAAGUAACAGCGAGGAUUUGUACUUUAAAGUGAAGAACGAGUAAAUAUAAGUGAAAUGCCACUUUGUUCCAUUUUCAAAGAAAAUCAGAAUAUUUUAAGAGAAAAGGUGUACAGUAUAAUUAAAAUGUAAUUACCAUAAUUUAAAAAGCAUUUUCAGGAAAAGGUCAAACUGUUAAAAUAAUCAAAUGUAAUUUUACUAUAUAUGUUAUUUUCAAAACAUAUAAAUGAUAAAAGAUAAUAAUAUGAAAAUAUUUCCAUUAAUAAUACUUUAUUAUUUUACAAAUAAAUCACCCAUUAUAGAAGAUUAAAAAAAAAAACAUUGGGAAUAUACCAUAGAAAACAGAGUCAGGUUUUAAAAUUAGGUUUAUAUUUCAAUAUUGUGACAUGUUUGCAUCUUUUUUUUAACAUUUCCAGCUGUCUGUUCACAUAUUUAAUAUUUCUUUUUUCUAAUGGUUCGCAGUUGUGGAAAUAUAAAAUGAAAACUUUGUUUUCAUCUCAUACUCUCAAAUACUUUAAUAUUUGCAUGUGUGGGUAAAUUCAUAGAGUAUAGACAGUGUUAUUAUUCUUACUUUUUUUCACUCAGUCAUUGAUCUCAGUGGAAAAAAAAAAAUGUUUUUGUUGUUGUUGUUUUCUUUUUAAAUGUAUAGAUUGGCAGUUAGAAGAAUAUUUAAUAGACAUUUUCUUAACCCAGUGUUUACAUUGUUCAAUAAACUUUGUGCCCAAGUGCCAUCAAAGAAAAGUCCUGUAGCUGUAGGCUAGUCACAUAGAUACCAAGUGUUUGUGCAGGACUCUACUUUGUUUAUCUUGAUAAGAAUCUGCCUAGAAACAGCAAAGUCACAUGUUUGGAUUGUGAAAACAUUCAGAAAGCACCAAUACGUGUGGCGGGUGAUUUACAGCUGCUGUGCUGUGUAGAUAUCUAUAUAGUUUAUGUACAUGUUUGCUUCUGCUCCAGUAUUUCUUUGCUUAUUGCAGCUGUCAGUGCAGUGAAUGAUUAAGAUAACGUUUGAUGCUACUGGAAAGAAUGGGCCUGUCGAGCUGUUUUAAAUGGUCAAGCGAGCUUUAGUAAUAUAGUACAUUUCAGAACAAACGUUGACCUAAAUUGCUUUCAAUCAAAGAUCUGUGACAUGCUAACCACAUAAGCACAAUGGGAAUCAGUGCAAGGCAAACUAAGGAAGAAAAGUAAAUGUAUAAGAUAGUAGUGAGCUUGAUAGAAAUCACGAGGGAACCUCAGAAAAUUAGGUAGAGGACUAAUAUGAAAGUGCCAGAUACUUUUAGUUGUUACCCAACCAACAGACAACUUGAAUGUACCCUGAUCAAGAAGAAAGUUUGAUGGAUUCAGGAUGGUUUCCCAGCCGGUGAAGUCAUUUUUGUGUUUCGGUUGUUUGUUUGAAUUCUUUUCAGCUGUUUGUUUUUUUUUUUGUUUUUCUUUUUUUCGAGACCAGCUAAAGACGUUGUGUAAAUUUGAAAUGGUGUGUAAGUUGUGGAGGGUUCUAGCGUCAUCACAUUAAAGAGACACCUGUUAA